AUGGAUCCGUGUUCUAGCGACGGGGAUGACAGAUUGUACUUGGAGGAGCUGGUAGAAAAAAGUUUGAUUCAUCUCCAACUAUGGAAAGAUGUGGUUGUUGAGGACAAAUUGGUCGUCUGGAAGGGUGUCCCCGUAAGACUGCUUACCGGGUGUCCCCCACACGUUCUCAGCCACGAUGAGAAACCGGCGGAUGGAAUUGGAAGGGAGUAUAUUCUUCCGGUUAACAUGACGCAGUACAAAGAGGAGCAGGUGACACUAGCGUUUCUGGAUAUCGUGUUCUCCGAACUCUGCGCAAAGGAUACGAAAAGAAUUAUCCUGGCGAUCGUGAACACGGACGGAACAGUGGUAUUCUACUUUGUUUAUAACGGCGUGCACAAACCGAAGAGAAACUGA